AUGUGCAGGAGGCAGGCUGCCCGUUCCGGCGAGGCGGUCCAGAAACUUGCCGACAGCAUCCUCUCCAUCAACUACCGCCCCGGUCCGGGUGCGGCAGCAGUCAAAGAGAAUCCCAGCCGUCGCGGUCGUUUGUGGGAUUCUUUCAUCGAGCUGCGCCUACAUGAGAAGGAGGACAAGUUCAGGCUGCGAUUCGAAAUGUCCAUAUCGAACUCGGAGGUGAUGCAAGCCGAUCUCCGCACACGCCCGAGCCCCGUGUCGUUCAAGCUGUUUGCCGAUGCAGGCGUUGCUCCGAGGAUGAUCCUCUGUUGGACGGUUUGUCCGGACUCGCCCCUGGCGGCGUCUGUCCCCGGUCGACCGGCCUUGUGGGAUACCUCGUCUGAAGCCGCCUACUCCUUUCUCAGCCGCUGCAUCUCGGAAUAUGAAUUGGACCACACCUGCAAGCAGACGCUCUCGGACAUCUCCUUUCCGUGCAAGCCACCAAGGCGCCUCAUCAAGAUCGACGACGGGGACGCUGGCCUUCACCUCAAACUCAUUCAGACGAGCUCGCUCGCAGAGUUCCCACGAUACUGCGCCCUGAGCUACCGCUGGGACAACCCAGCUCGCCAUGCCCAGAAGGAGACGCUGCGGAGCACCCUUGGAACCUACGAGUCCGUCAUCAACCCCACUGGCUUGCCCCGGACCGUCGCUGACGCCGUCGCCUGCUGCCGUCGCCUCGGCCUCCCCCAUCUCUGGGUCGACGCGCUGUGCGUCGUCCAGAAUGACGACGACGAUAAGCUCUCCGAGAUCGCGGCUAUGGGCGACAUCUACGCCAACGCCUACCUGACUCUUACCCCUUCCAUCGCGGGUGGGAGCGAUGACGGCUUCCUGGCACCGAGAGAGAACCCCUUUCUGUCCGCCCCUAUCCCCGAUAUUCGUAGCGGGGGCGCACCGGUGGGCGUCAAAUUGGCCCCGAGCAGCCGCGGCCUUCUCAACCCGUCGACCUUGGUCCAGUUGAAGGGUCAGAGGCCGAAGCCGGCCAAGUCGUACGAGCUGCUGCAUUCCAGGGGCUGGACCUUCUAA